AUGCUGCGCUGCUUUGUGGUCGCGGCGAUGGGCGUGACGACGUCGGCGUCGAUGGCCGACCGCUUCUAUGGCUUCCGUUACGAGAUUCCCGGCAGCGGCGAGGAUACGAUUGCGCUUGUCACGGCUCAGGCACAGCAGCACGCGUGCUUUGGCUGGGUGCAGCCAACGCCACAGGCCGCGGUCGUGGGCGAAGUGCGGUGCAGUGCAACCCAUGGCCCACGCGUGCACGCCUGGAUGGAGGCGACGUGGCACGACGUGCGCGUCCGCGUCUAUCCCUCGACAAAGAUCCGCUUCCACUUCAGCUACUUCCGCCGGCUCGAGACGACGCGCGAUACGUGCUUUGUGUCGCCGCCCCACGCAUGCACUGCCGACCCUCGUCAUGACGAGCUGUAG